GAUUUUGUUAAUAAUUUGAUUUUGAAACUUGGUAUAGUUAGAGGAUAUGUGACCGGAAGCACUGAUACUUCUCUAUGGACUGUAUAUAAUAAGGGUUUGCGAAAUUACUGUGGCAAUGUUCUUCCUGAAGGUUUGGUGAAAAGCCAGAAGCUUCCUGCAAACAUACUCACUCCGACGACAAAAUCUGCAGACCACGAUGUUCCUGUUACUCCAAAUGAGAUUGUUGAACAAGGAUUGAUGACUGAAGCUGAUUAUGUCGAAGCAAGUAGGAAAGCUUUAAAUCUGUUUGAAUAUGGGCAGAAUAUUGCUUCAGAACAUGGAUUGAUAUUGGUUGACACUAAAUAUGAAUUUGGAAAGGACUCGGAUGGUAAAAUAGUUUUAAUUGACGAGAUUCAUACUCCAGAUUCAAGCAGAUAUUGGAUUGCCAGUUCCUAUGAAGAACGAAUUCGAAAUGGUCUGGAACCUGAAAACAUAGAUAAGGAGUUCUUGAGACUGUGGUUCAAAGAAAAUUGCAAUCCUUAUGAAGACGAGGUACUUCCGAAAGCUCCAAUAGAACUUGUUUCUGAACUAGCCCGUCGAUACAUUUACUUGUUCGAGACUAUAACAAAUUCAAAAUUCGAGCUACCUGUUUUGACUGAACGGAUACAUGACCGGAUAUCGAAAAAUGUUUCGGCUGCACUUUUAACAUUGCGAUGAGACUAACUUGAGCAGAGAAAAAGGGUAGUGUUCAUUUUUUUCUCUUCUUUACAACAUAAAUUUUCUUAUGCAUUGUGAUAAAAUGACUAUCUCUUACUUCUUACAUAUAUAUUUAACUUAUUUAUGUUAUACUUUCUGUUGUAUACAUCAAAAUGGAUUUCUAUUGCCUGUUCAA